AUGCGGGAGGAAGGAUUACCGCACCGGCGUGAUCAACCGCGACGAGAUUUCACCGAAGUAUCACGGCGAGGCUCCUCGCCGGAGUUGCUUCGAGCAAGGGCUCGGGUGGAGGUGGACGAGGGUUUGAGGAACUGGGAGGAUGAAGACACGAUACAUGAGCAUAAUGAUUCGAGGAGGUACGCAUGUACUCCUUCUGUCGAAGGAGAGUCCCGCCUCCUCGCCGCCAAGGCCGCUGCCGCCCGCCGCCUCGAACGGUGCCGCCUCCUCCUUGAGCGCCGCGCCGCAAACCUCGCCUCCCGCGCCCUCGCCGCCCGCGCUGACAUCGACGCCACCCACGCGCGCCGCCUCGCCGUCGCCCGCGACAUCAGCUCGACCAACGGCGAGAUCGAGGACGCGCAGCGGAAGGCGGAGGAGUGGGAUCGCUUCUACGAGUCCAAGAGGAUGGAGAUGGAGGAGUUCCGGCCAUCGUCUCCACAGCCUCCAUCCACCACGGCCGCAUCCACUUCUCAACCCCACGACGUGGAGGCAGCCCUGCAGGAGCUGCAGAGCAGCGGGUUGCACUCGGACGACGUCGGGAUCGGGGCUGCGGAAGCCUGGAAGGCCUACCUCAUGGCUAAGAAGGCCAAGCUGGACGAGACCCUGGCUGCAGCCCGCCAGUUCAGAGCACUGCUUCGGCAGCAGCUCCAGAAAGCCUUCGCGUCACAGGUUAGGGAUCAAAAGGCAGCACAAAACUGACUAGUUAUGUGGUACAAGCAAAACGACAUUCAUUAGCUAGCUCAUCAAUCGCUUCAGAUUAAGGAUGCAAUGCAAGUGUGGCGGGCUAGUGGACAGUAACAUAGUAGUACAAAUGUAGUGUUACUUAUAGGCAGAUGUUGAGCAAAUUUUGAACUAAUGGAUGAGUUUCGUGGGACGAAGCGGGCUGCCACUUGCACUCCUCCUACUGAUGAAACGAACUUC